GCCUGCUGCCUGCCCGCCUGCCUGCCGCCGCCUCCCUCCCUCUCCCCGCCGGCUGGGUGCUGAAGUUGGGCGGAUGGCAGCGAACCAGCUGCGCUAGGGACGAGCCGCACUAGUCCUUCCCGGGAUCGCUCAGCGCCAACUGCACGCAGCCAGGCGGGGCCACUUGGGCACUGAAGUAGCUGAAAUGAGAAAGAGGCAGCAGUCACAAAAUGAAGGAACAUCAGCUGUGUCUCAAGCACCUGGAAACCAAAGGCCCAACAACACAUGUUGCUUUUGUUGGUGCUGUUGCUGCAGCUGUUCAUGCCUCACUGUUAGGAAUGAAGACAGAGGAGACAAUGCAGGAAGGCCAACGCAUACGACCAAACUGGAGAGUAUCCAAGUCAUAGAAGAAUGCCAAAACCCUACUGCAGAUGAAAUUUUGUCUUGGGCUCAGAAUUUUGACAAGAUGAUGAAAACACCAGCUGGGAGGAACCUUUUCAGAGAGUUUCUUAGAACAGAGUAUAGUGAGGAGAACCUGCUUUUCUGGCUUGCAUGUGAAGAUCUAAAGAAGGAACAGAACAAGAAAGUUAUUGAAGAAAAAGCAAGACUUAUAUAUGAAGAUUACAUUUCUAUACUAUCACCAAAAGAGGUUAGUCUUGAUUCCCGGGUGAGAGAAGUGAUCAACAGAAACUUGUUGGAUCCCAGCCCUCACAUGUAUGAAGAUGCCCAGCUCCAGAUAUACACCCUAAUGCACAGAGACUCUUUUCCAAGGUUUUUGAACUCUCAGAUUUAUAAGUCUCUUGUUGAAAGUAUUACAGGCUCUACUUCUGAAACUUAGUUUUAAUUUUCAAACAAAAUAACUUGCUUUUUUUUGGGUGGGUGGGAUGGAAGAAAAGUAGUUUAAUAACAUCUGGAGCUGGGUUCCUGGAGAACUACAGUUUAGCACUACUCAGGCUACUGUGAAGAAAACAAAUACAUAUUAUGAUCUCUGUCUACAUUUUUACCAAGGUCCUCCUUGCUCAAGAUGGCGUGGGAGGGGAAGAAUGGAUUUGCCAAAAUACAUUUGUUUCACACUCCUUUCACCCUACUGCAGUCAAGAUUGCAAUGAUGUAUUUGUAGUUUUAUGAACAGUCUCUCCUUGUGUAUCCUCACAUUGCAUGUGCAAGGUAAAACUGCUUCACUUACCACUUAGUUGUUGCAAUAUUUAAUCCAAUAACAUAAAUUAUAUCUGUAUUUAAGGACUUUUUUUGUGCAAUACAGUCCUAUGGUACAUAGAUACAAUUGCAGCAAACCAGAAAGAGGCUUGCAUUUUUUAACAUCACUAACUGAAAAAAGCCAAUUUUUAAGGUGUAGCAUUACUCAACAUCCUCUACUGAGUACAAUACGCUGACUUUUUGAAGCCAAUAUUUCUGUACAGAGAAAAAGAGCUAUUUAUCACUGUUUAUUUAAAAUAAAUCAAGUGGAGGAUUUCUCUGUUUGUUCACUGCCAAAACUAUGGCAUUUUCAUUACAGAGUUUGCAAUGUCAAAAAAAAAAAAAAGAAAAGAAAAAAAGCACAAAUCACUUAAAGGGAUCCAUAUCUGGGUGACAAAAUCUAUGCGCUGAUAUUGUUAAAUUGUUAAAAGAACAAAGAUUUUCAAUGUACAUUUCAGAUGUCAGAUACUGUAAUUGAUUUAUUAAAGACUGGCUAUCCAGUUCUAACACUGUUGUAUAAUGUAUGUACUUCAGCAAAAAACAAAACAAAACAAAAAAACAACACAAAGAGCUUGAUAAUUUAGUUUUUUGAAUAAAGAAAUUUAAUAAAAGAUUGCCUACAUGUAGCAUUUUAGAGCAUUUUAGAACCUUUUGAUGAAUUGCAUCUGUCCUGUAAGAUUUUUUUUUGAAAGCUAAAUCUGGUAAAAAAUGUUUUUAAACAAAGUAAUGUUUUACGAGGUGGCGGGUUAAAGAAGACUUAGCUUCUAGCCUCAUUGAUUUUGAAUAACUCCUUGAAAACAAGGGGUUUGGAGAGUAAUACUAAACCAAACUUCAAGGGCUCCUAAACCUACAGAUCUUACCCAAGCAAAAUGCCUAUGGAAAUGCAAUGGGUGUCUUUCCUGGGUAAAGAAUCCUGUACUGAGCCCUUAAUCAGAGGUAAGGCAGCAUAGUACUCCCAUCACUUGGCUGCCAUGGUGUUUUUAAUAGGUGUUUGCUUGGCCUUUUUAUCAAAAAAAUGUCCCAUUUCAGGACACAUUUUGAUGUUUAAAGAGACAGUGACUUGGAACUUCAAAAAAACCUAUCCUCAUACCUACCAUACACAAGCAAAAUGAGCAUUAGCAUCUCUCAUAAACUGCUAAAGAUAUACCAAGAAAUGUCUUUGAAUACUUGCUAAAUACAUAUAUGUACAUAUGUGUGUAUAUAUAUAUAUACACAUAUAUAUAUUUAAUACCAUACUAAGACUUAAGAGGCAAGGUUCUUCUCACUUACGUAGGACUAAACAUGGCAUAAGCCUGUUGCUUUUGAUUGGACUGGCAGAUCUGGCAGUUGUGUCCUUGAGUGGAAUCUAGCCCAAGCACAGUUGGCUCCAACCACCCAGUUAGUCCCCUCGGGCAGCCUCUCAUGCCCUCUUUGGUGGGAACCGCUGCUGCCAAGGCAGUGAUACAGUAACUGGGAGGAUGCAGGUCUUAGUUUGUCUUCUGGGGCUUCUUUUUUUCCCUUUGUUUUACUACCUCUCAUUUUCUUAAUUUAUUGAACAUGCUUCAAAUAGCAAGUUUGGGGAAUUUUUUAGUCAUUCUUUUUACUUGAAAACUGUGUGCUUUUUUUGGAUAUAUAUACGAACAAUUUAACAAACUGUUUCUUAAACUCAUUUGGUUUUGUAAUUUAUAAAGAAUUCAGGAGAUGAUUAAAAGGGCUAUUCUCUAUUCCCUAUGCAAAUAUUUUAACUGUUGUAGUGUUUGACAAAAUGGGAUCUAGAAAAAAAAAAUCUACAAAGUGGAAAACAAAUCUGUUUACAGUGGCGUUGCUGACUAUCCUACCAUAUUCAGCACUUUUAAAUAUUGUUAUUUAUGAAAAUGUAGUUUAAAAUGCAAGACAAAAUAUUUAUAAAUGUUUCUUUUAAUAAAUACCUGUUUUGUCUGAAAGUGUUACUGUGUUUUGACAACUUUAUUCAUGUUGGUUAGCUAUUUACCACUAUGAAUAAAAUAUUCAAUUAUUAUACUGA